AUGGACAAUUACAUGAUCAAGAGCGAACAAGAUGCGUAUCGGCGAGAGUCGAAGAGGACAGGCGUACAGAUUACCGAGCACACCGAGUCCGAUCAAGAAAGGGACGGCUCCAGCCACGGGGAUGACCCGACGACGCCCAGCGCAAUCUCGAGAUUGGAACAGCUCAUGGAACGAUUAUGGGCCUUUGAGAUCUUCGCCCUGGUCGUCAGCACACUUGCGCUGCUGGGCCUGAUCAUUCUCCUCCGCGUCACCAACGGCCAGAAAGUCCCCAACUGGACGAUCAAACCCAAACACACGAAGCCGUUCACCGUGACAAUCAACUCCGUCAUCUCCAUCUUUUCGACUGCUGUCAAGUCGACGGUGCUCAUCCCUGUCGCAGCGGCAAUGGGAGAGUUGAAAUGGAUGUGGUUCAACUCGGGCCAUCGGCUCACAGACAUUCAGGUCUUCGAGAGCGCCGCACGUGGCCCGCUUGGAGCUGCGAUCAUGCUGUGGAGUUUCCGCGGCCGUAGCCUGGCAUGUCUUGGGGCUGUGAUCAUCUUGGGCUCUCUCGCACUCGACUUUGGCUUCCAGCAGCUCGUCACUUACCCGCUGCGGCCCGUCAACCUUGGACCGGCCACGAUCGCACGGACAAACGAAUACUUUGCCUCCCGUCCUGGCUGGAUCUCUGGUACACCCUUGGCCGAGCAGCCUAUGGUAGCCGCAAUCUACACCGGCAUGUAUGGUGAUGGCAAAAGCUUUCCAGUCACUCCAGGCUGUUCCACUGGCAAUUGCACCUGGAUGGAGGACUACACGUCGCUGGGAUUCUGUUCUCGGUGUUACAGCACCACCGACCAGAUUGUCAAGCAGUGCGGAACGUUCAACUAUACCACCUUUGACGAGAACGGCGAGCCACUGGUCGUAGGCGAUCCCAUCCCUUACUGCAACUACACAAUGCCAUCAGGACAGUUCAUCGCCGGCGUCAACCUGACCCAGGGGUACGUGGAUCCCGUCUUCGUCGAUAUUGACGAUAGCCCAGCCUCUGAAAAGACAUAUUUCGGCAAGCCACUCACCGCCAACGUGGCUACCUUGUCAGUCAUGCGCGCCGAGUGGCAGAGUGUUUACGACGAUCAAGACAGGUUCUACGAUAAAAUCAUCGCUGCCAAUGCAACCGAAUGCGGCAUUGAUGCCUGUGUGAUCAAGUACCACGCCACUCUGGAGAAGUCGAACUUCACCGAGAUGAUCAUCGACACCUUCAUCAACGAGACGGACCGCCAAGUCUUCUCAGAGGGAGAUGCAGGCUACACCAUGCCCGUGUAUAUACAUCCGCCACAGUCAUGGACGAACCACUCCAACGUCAACGACAGCAACAUCUACUUCCUCGACAGCGUCACCAUCCAAGCACUCCGGUUCCAGUUCAACCAAAAUGCGAACCAGCUGCUCUGGGGCGGAAGGUUUAUUGACUCCAUGCGCGGACAAGUCAGCGUUGACAAUGACUUUGUCGCCUAUGUCCGCUACCUGGACGAAGCAGGCAUGAAGGAUAUGAUGUCCUCGCUGACUUCAAGUAUGACGCAGCGCAUUCGGACGGCGCCCGGAGCAGGCACCAACUCGUACGGGCCGGGGCACAACACAAUCGGCAUCACCACGCAGCAUAUGCCGCACGUGAAUGUCCGUUGGGGCUGGAUUGCGCUUCCUGCCGCGAUCCUGCUCCUCAGUGCCCUCCUGCUGGUCUGUACGAUGAUCGAGUCGAAACGCCAAGGUGCCACAAUGUUGUGGAAGAGCAACGCCCUCGCACACUUCUACCACCCCUUGACCAAGGAGGGUAGAAAUAGGCUGAGAGAUGCGCACAGCGCGAAACACGCCGAGAAGAUUGCCCAGGAUAUGACUGUGAAAUGGCAGGUGACCGACGAAGGUGGCCGUUUUGUGCCUAUCAAUGGCAGUUAA